AUGACUUCGACCCAGCUGCCACCGCUCGACUUCAACGAAGGCGGACUUCGUAUUGUCCUGCUACCCGAAGUUGAGAACAUGUCGUCUCCGCUCUCUCCGCUCUCCCCCGACUAUCAUCAGAGCAAGGAGCCUCUGUCGAUGAAUACUACCUUGAGCUCUGCUCGAUACUCUGAACAUGACCAACAUGCUCGGGAUUCCGAAUCUGAAGAUGACCUUGAGGUGGAUGUGGACGAGAUUGAGCAUGAUUUCGAUUCGACGCCGUCACCACCACCCGCGAUUCCAAUUCACCCCAUUCCUGCUUUACAGGAUGCGUUCGCCGAAUCGUUAAAUGAGGUCAUGAGCGGUAUUGUGGUUGAAAAGCCUAAAUUGAGGGCGCUGGACGCCCAGGGACGCAGAGAGGCUGUGCUUGCUCAAGGCAAAGAUGAGCCUGCUCUUGAUGCCAUGUGGAGGCUCCGACCUGGCCAGACCCAACAUGAACUGGGCAAGCUGGUUGCUCAAAUCUCUUUUGGUGUUUAUUUGAUGCUGAACGGGAUGGCCAACGAUAACACGCAAGUGGUCAACAUUCUUCAAGGUCACAUCGACGAGGUGGAUGAGUUUCUCGAAGUCACAAUCGAAGAUCUUGAAGAAGUAGAGGCGGAUUUGAAAAGGCGCAUUGACCAUCUGAUGCUUCCCAUGUCCAACGCCACCGUGUUCGAACAGCUGUUAGAAGACCACAAAUUUCGGACCGAAAUACUUCAAGGCAACGAGAAGAUUGAGCACAUCCUCGCAAGGACCAAUGUGUCGAUGAAGCAAUGGGACGACGAUAUUGAAGCCGGUCUACAAACCAGCAACAUCUUCAUAAAUUGGUUGAAUGAGCAUGCUGAAGGCACAUGGCGAUCGGGCCUGCCAGACGUUACCGACAUUUUCGAUGCCAUGAGCGGCAAUGCAGAAGGGUGGCUUAUUGCGUUUGAGAAAAUCAACGAUAGUGCUCAAGACAUUAAUAGCCUCAUCAUUCGGCUGAUGAACAUAAUAUCUGAGAUGGAAAAGAAGGCUGGUGAAGCUAGUCGACGGACAUGGGCGAGCAUUGCACCCCCCAUGUCUAAUAUUCCUGAAGAAUCUACACCCACGGAUCUCCAUGUUAUAACUGAGGAUUAUAGUCGAAGAUCCAGUACUCAAGAUAGCAUCCGCAGUGGCUCUACAGAACAUAGACCGGCUAGCUCUAUAAUCGAUGAUGAUACCAGCACUAUUGAUUUUCCUCUACCUGGAGGCCUGCCCUUGCUUCCACCAUUCAAGUCUACUCGUCAUACUUCCAACACUUUCGGCUUCGGCAGCCCUCAGACAACAACUGCGAAAUCCGGCUUCGAUAGUCCUCAAAGUGCUCAAUAUACCCCUCAGUCUGCCGCAGGUACCUUUGGUGUUACCAGUCCACAGACAAUGCAAAUCCACUUCCGCCAAGACAGCCAAGACUCGUCGGCUAUGAAGUUCGAGGAUAGUGAACCGGAAACAGAGACAGGCCACGAAGACGAGCCGGUGUUCCUUCUUCAGCCGCGAACCUAUACCCCGCAGCCUCCUGCACCGCUACCCUCGCCUCUUAUCAAAGAUGAGACGGGCCACAAUGCUCGAUCAGGAUCACAGUCGACGAUUCCAUCCUUCCCCUCCGUACCGAUUUCUCCUGCAGAUAGCCGGCCUUUGAGUGCUGUCGUACAGAGAAGGACAUCUCUUCGCGACCGUGUAUCCCAAAAGAUGAUGCCCCCGGGUGAUAUUCAGAUUCCAGUCAGGUCUCUUAGAGGCAUGGAAAAAUACGCUGCUUCACCCGGUACCACCACGCCGCAGACUAUGAGAUCUCAUCACUUUGAUUCAGCCUAUGAGUCUGAUGCGGAAAGCCAUGGCCGCCAUCCGUCCGGAAGCUCUAGCAACAUGACAAUGUCCCCUCCGCAACUCAAUGUCGUACCCUCUCCGCGCUCGGAUCGGCAAAGAUACUAUCAUCCUGUGCAAGCGUCGCCUCAUUCACCACUUCAGCAGAGACCCCAUACUGCUGUUGGACAUGGCCAUUCUUCUUACCACCAAGGCCAUUCUUCGUUGGCACCGCCUCCUUUGAGCGGCUUGAGCAAGGUUACUUCCGCAAACUAUGAAGACGGGACCUCGCAAAGCGUACGAACCACCAAAACGGUGGAUAAGCAGCUUAAGAAGAAGAAGAGUGCUUUUGGUUGGCUCAAGAAAGCUUUUAGCAUGGAUGAGGAAGAGCGAGCGGCUUAUGAGGCACGCAGAGCUAUGCAAUACCAACAAAGCUACUAUAACGCGGAUCCCCCCAAGUUUUUGGACGGAAAGCGAGUGCGAUAA